CAUACCACAUAAUUCUCCAGAUGAACACGGAGCGAUAGACCCAACCAAAAAUUCACAAUGAGCGCAACCUCUGAGCUGAGCAUCAGAAACGAUGGCCACCUCAUUGACAUCGCUCCAAGUCCAACCACCGGCAUCAAUCAGAGCGGCGGCGGAGGCGAGAUCCACACGGAAUGGCUGCGGGAGCUGACGUCGGCGUCACGGAGCGCCGCCGUCCUGAACGACCUCAUCGGCCGAACGCCGACGCUGUGGUACCUCGGCGAGCGCGCGCCCACCAUCCUCCGGCCGCGCUCCCGGCGCGCCGACCUGAAGGCGCUACACGCGGUGCGCGCGGUGGCCAUCGGCCCGUACCACCGCGGCGACCGUGGCCUCGCCUUCGACGACGAGGCCAAGCUGCCGUUCCUGCGGUACCUGCAGGACCAGUGCGGGCUCGACGUCGAGCAGUACGUCGCGGCGCUCGGGGUGGCGCGGCACAGGACGAGGCGGGCGCGCAGAUGGUGUGGGGACUUGAUACUUCACUUCCUCCCGUCGCCCUGGGUGUCCGUCUCGCUCGCCGCCGUGGUUGCGCUCAUCAUUGUGCCGGCGAUGUUGCAGACAAUCUACGCCAUUUUGGGCUACCAAAAGUAGACGAUUUCGAGAACCAACAGUCCAACAUAUAGGAGGAUGAUUGUUUGUUGUCCAAGUGUCCAUGGUAACUUGGUCAAUCUUGAAACUUCGCCCACACACUGUGCCGUGGUAUAUGUGCGUGUGUGCUGUACUUGAUGUUUCUCAAACAAAAAAGGAGGGUUAGUGAUCUUCAAUGUAAAAGGAAAGUCUAUGUCUCGAAUUGCAUCACUGUUUGUAACUCAAUUGGACUG